CGAAUGCCAGAGAGUGACGAUGUCCGCUCUAGUCUUUAUUCACCUCUAUGGUUCUGCUGCACAACUGGCUUGCUAGCUAGCUAGCCGACGAAUUGAAAUGGAUGUGUUCUUAAUGAUCCGGCGUCACAAGACCACAAUUUUCACAGAUGCUAAGGAGUCCACCACUGUCUAUGAACUGAAGCGCAUUGUAGAAGGUAUUCUUAAGAGACCACCUGAAGAUCAGCUGCUCUAUAAAGAUGACCAGUUACUAGAAGACAGCAAAACUCUUGGUGACUGUGGAUUCACCAACCAGACUGCCAGACCUCAGGCUCCAGCCACAGUUGGUCUGGCUUUCCGCAUCAAUGAUGAGAUGUUUGAGCAGCUGCACAUCGAGGCCUUCUCCAGCCCCCCAGAACUCCCUGAUGUGAUGAAGCCUCAGGACUCUGGUAGCACUGCCAAUGAACAGGCAGUUCAGUGAUGCCAUGGGGAGAUCCAGGGCAAAGGCAGGAAGGAUAGAAGUGGGUGUGUGUGGAUGAACAGCGGUGGAGGAGUAAACAAGGUGGAGGAUAUGUUCUAUAAUUUCACUUGAUGAAAGGGGACAUUAUAGGUAGCCAAGCCUAUCCAUGUUACCAUCAUGUUAAUCACCCAAGAAUCCGCCCAAAGUGUCUCACUUUUUUUUUUUUUUAAGUGUAACUCCUAAUGAUUUCCCAUCACAUGCGGUUCUGAUCCUUGGCUUUGCUCUUUAUGCACCAAGUGGCUCAUAUUUAGGGUUUGAGUGUAAUAGUUGGUUUGGAAGGUGUGUGUGUGUGUGUGUGUGUGUGUGUGUGUGUGUGUGUGUGUGUGUGUGUGUGUGUGUGUGUGUGUGUGUGUGUGUAACUUACACUAUUAUAAUUAUGAAGAUGUAGCUGUGUGUCAAAGCGCUCUGGAAGCAUCAUGCAUGGGUUACGAAUUCAGUCCAGCUGCAUGAACAAAUUACUGCAAAGGCUUUAUUUUUUACUGAAUUGGAUAAACCUUGGUUUGAUUCUCCCAGUUUUGUUGUACAUUUCUGGUUUGCUUUAGAUCAUCUCAUUUCUACAGAAAAGAAAGUCUUUAUUAUAAUAUGUUUGAAAGUUUUGUUUUAAUCUUUCUCCCUGUUGGGAUAACGUAGUAUGUUAACUUGUUACUUUUUGUACGUUUGUUGCACUGAGAUUAAAGGUUGCGACCUCCUGCAUAACGGAGGAAUGUUUGAUCAGAUAUCAUGUGACAUACGGGAAUGAUGAGAGAGAUUUUUGGUGUUAAACUUGAGUUUUAAAAUUGCAAACAUUACCACACAAUGCCGUCAACAAUGUGGCAUAUUAACUAAUCACAUGAACAUUGCCUGGAACUGUGAGCUUGAUUAACUAAAUAUUUCUUUAUAU